AUGGAGCCUGAGGACCUACCGUGGCCGGGCGAGCUGGAGGAGGAGGAGGAGGAGGCGGAGGCGGAGGCGGCGGUGUCUGCGUCUGCGAAGUUGGACGAAAUCGUGGUGGAGGAGGUAGAGGAGGCAGAGGAGGCGGCGGGAAGGGAGUUGGACUCCGACAUUAGCUAUGUGUACCAGCUUCUGGAGAGUUCGGACGAAGACGAGGACGAGGAGGCCAAAGCCUGGCUGCAGGCGCAUCCCGGCGGGACUUUGCCUACGCCGGUGCACCUAACGAGACACCGCACCUCGGAGGGCGAGCGGCCCUGCCGGGAGAGAACAGACCCUUGGCAUUUUCUUCCUCAAGAAAUGGAUUCUUCUCAAACCUUGGCUACAUCUCAGACCAAGUUUAGCCUGACAACGGAAGGGGCUGAUGUGACAGACUUCCCCUCUGUGGAGGAGGGUUUACUGACCCAGUCAGAUAACCAAGUAAGGGAUCCCAACAGAGAUCUCUUAUGUUCUCCAUUGUUAGUCAUACAAGACAGCUUUGCUACUCCUGAUUUGCCUUUGCUGACAUGUUCGACACAAGACCAAGACUUUGGGCCUGACUCCUUAUUUCACCAAAGUGAAUUAGGCUUUGCACCUCUGAGGGGAAUUCCUGAUAGAUCUGAAGACACUGAAUGGCUUUCUCGACCAUCAGAAGUUAGUGAAGCUUUAUUCCAGGCUACCUCAGACGUAGCUUCAGACUUAUCCAAUAGUUGCUUUAGUGUAUCUCAGCACACACUUAUAGGUAGUACAGCUACUGGGUCUCAGCGCUCUUUUAUGCCUCCUGAACAAGGGGAUGAUGAAGAGGUCGUUUCAUCAUGUAGUGCUGAGGAACUGAAAACUCCCAAAGACUCUGAUAGUUAUUGCGCUCCUUAUUCAUGCAUGUCAUGGAAGACACGAAAAGAUACACAGCAGCCAGAAAUCAAUUUAUCUGAAAAAGAUGAUGUUUCAGUUUCAAUAUCGUCUGAUAUACCUGAUGCAAACAUAGAUAGCAAAAGAAGUGAUGAUUUUGAUGCUUCUUGUUCAUAUGCACAGUACUGGAAACAGGAGGCAGAAACAUAUUUAGCCAGCAAGGAACAUGAUUCUUUUUUGGAUUUAUGUGACACAAGUGAUAAAAAUAAAAUUCCCAAGGAAAGUAACGAUUUUUGUGUCCCCCUUUCCUGUGUGCCACAGACCAAAGAGGGAACUCCACAAAAUCCAGAAACAUGUGCAAUCAGUAAGGACUGUGUUUGUUUUCCACAAGAAGUUACUCCUCAUCAAAAUAAUACAAAGUCCAAGGCAUACUCUUUCUUGAGAUCUAUGUUCGAAAGAAGAGGAAAAGGGGUUCCCUUGACACCUGAUAGUCCUUAUUCUCAGACAGUCUGUUUAAGGGCUCCUGUUGAGAAUGAGGUGAGACAAAAGAUGGAUUGUUUGGAGGGUUAUGAAAGAAAUGAAGAAGGUCUGCAGGAGGAAUUAUCUCAAUGCUUUGAACAAACAGAGACUGAAAAUAAUGUAUCUUCAGAGGUUGAUCCCAUCUCACAAAUACAGUAUGUUGGGAAGGUUGUAGUUCCUGUUAAUUCUACAAAAGUUUCAGAAGCACAUAUACUCUCUAGGGGACAGGAUACCUUUAAGAUGGAGCCUUCUGCUGGUCCUCUUAAGACUAUUAAAUCCAAUUUGGAUGGAACAUCAAAACAACUGUGUUUUCAAGAGGAAGGAAAACAAAAGGAAACUUCUGUUUUUGGUGAGAAAAAUGUUGAUGCUACUGAAAAUAUAGCCUUUGAGGCAAUUAUUGCCUCUAUUGAGCCAUCCAAGAAAGAGAGUACAGUAAAUGAAAUCCAAACUGACAUCAAUAAAUCUUUAACAGAUAACAGCAAAGAGAGAGAACAAAAAAAUUCAGAUCUUUCCCCAUUAAAUUAUAAUGAUGAAAACUCUUUCUUUGAUAAGCUUAAGCAUCCACGCUAUGAAUCUACUCCUGGGGUAUUUGAGCCAGCAACUUCAGAACCAUUGUUGCCUAAAAAGGAUGAUGAUAGCUCCUUAUACAGGCAUCUAAAUUUAAAAUCACCCCCUAAUGCUCCUCAGGAAAUGUUCAUUAAGCCACUUUUUGUUAUUCCAGAGCUUAAGUCAUCUGCUUCUUUAAAUGAAAAAUCUUACAAACAGGCUGUUGGUCUUGACAAAACACAGUCAGCUUUAUUUCAGUGUGAUAUAAACAGUGAACCAUUUCUUCCCACUGGGGAGAUAAAGUCUGUUCCUGCUCUUGCCCUUGCAGAGAAGGUAGGAUCUUCAAACAUUAUUUACCAUAUGAAACUAUCAACUUCAGAUUCUUUGGUUUUACAAGAUUUAAAGCAGCCAACCUUUGAAGAAGUUGCAGAUUCCUCAUACUAUGAAUUGGUCGGCCAAGAGUCAUUGCUGAAAGCUGAUAUAGGACAAGGUGAAAUUCCUUGGCUUCUGGGAGCUGAGCCCAGUUUUAAUAUACAUUCAGUUAUCCAAAAUGACUCUUGUUUUGUAGGGGACCUGCAGGAGAAGGCUGAGUCUGAUACCAUUGCUCUGGAUGCUGCUAGAGAAUCUUUUUAUGAAAAUGAUGUUGUGCUCAGAGAAGGAGCUGCUGAACUACGAAGAAGGGCAACUCAUUCUUAUCUCGGUAAUCAGCCUUUUUCAUCUUUAAUGCCUUCAUUUCUUCCUCAUGAGUCAACCGAAGAGUCAGGAUAUCAAUCUCCAACUCUCAGAAUGUUGAGGGUAUCUCCUGACACUCUGCUAAAGACUCUACAACAUUUAACAGGAGAUUCUUCUAAAGGAGGCAUAGCUUAUAUUACUCAAUCCAAUUUGAAAUCAGGCAUCACUACCACUACUGGAGAUUCAGACUCUGUAUCACAUUUAUCCUUGUCCCCUGAGGACCUAUCUCAGUUGGCAGUAAGUUCUGAAGAGAAUGUUAUUGGUCAACACACUGAUACUUUUAACCAAAAGACGUUAGCAGAUACUUGUUUAACAGAAGAGUCUCUGAAAAUCUCAGCUACUCCUGAACCAACUUACUCGAAGACUAGGACACCACCAGUACCCUCUAGUUCCUACUUACAUAGUGGGAAGCCCAGCAUUUUCUACCAGUCGGGCUUGUCAAAAAGUCAUCUAACUGAAGAGGUUCUGAAAGUUACAGGUGUUUCUGGACCAGCUGGGACACCAUCUGUAGCCUCUACUUCUUACUCACUUAGACCAAAGCUUGGUACUUUCCAGCAACAGGUUUUGACAGGUAGUCAAAUACCUGAAGAUGCUCAGAAAGUUUCACCUGUGCUCGGAUCAGCUGACAUACCAACUAUAGCCUCUACUUUCUACUCAAGAGAGAAGCCCAGUAUUUUCUACCAACAGGAGUUACCACAUAGUAAUUUAAUUGAAGAUCCCCUAAGGGUUUCAUUUGCUCCUGAAUUCGCUGACCAGAAGACUGGGAAAAAUACAGUAUUUUCUAGUUCCUACUCACAUGGAGAGAAACCUUUUAGUUUUUAUCAACAGACCUUGCCAGAAAGUCAUCUAACUAAUCAGGCUCUGAAAGUUUCAGCUGUUUCUGGACCAGCUAACCAAAAGACUGGGAUAGCACCAGUACCUUCUACUUUCUACUCACAAAAAGAGAGGCCCAGUACUUUUUACAAACCAGAGUUGCCAGACAUUCAUGAAACUGAAGAGAUUCUGAAAAUUACAGAUUUUAAUGAACCAUAUGACCACAAGACUGAAAUACCAGCAGUAUACCCUAGUUCUUAUACACAGAGGGAAAAGCCUGGUCUCUUGUACCAGCCGGUGCUACCAAGCAGUCUUCUCCCUGAACAAGGUCUGAAAACUUCAGGUAUCCUUAGAUCAGCUGAGCAGAAAACUGGCACACCAAUAGUACCCUCUAGUUCCUACUCACAGAGAGAAAAGCCCAUUGUUUUCUAUCAACAGGCCGUGCCAGACAGUCAUCUGACUGAAGAGACUCGGAAAGGUUCAGCUGUUACUAGACAAGCUGACCAGAAGACUGGGGUAUCAACCGUAACCUCUGCUCCCUACUCACAGGCAGAGAAUCCCAUUGUUUGCUACCCGCAGAGCUUACCAGAUGGUCAACUAACUGAAGAGGCUCGGAAAGAUUCAGCUGUUGCUAGACUAGCUGAGCAGAAGACUGGGAUAUCAACUGUAACCUCUGCUCCCUACUCACAGGCAGGGAAGCCCAUUGUUUUCUACCAACAGAACUUACCAGAUAGGCAUCUAACUGAAGAGGCUCGGAAAGGUUCAGCUGUUGCUAGAGUAACUGAGCAGAAGACUGGGAUAUCAACUGUAACCUCUGCUCCCUACUCACAGGCAGAGAAUCCCAUUGUUUGCUAUCCUCAGAGCUUCCCAGAUGGUUGUCUAACUGAAGAGGCUCGGAAAGGUUCAGCUGUUGCUAGAGUAGCUGAGCAGAAGACUGGGAUAUCAACCGUAACCUCUGCUCCCUACUCACAGGCAGAGAAUCCCAUUGUUUGCUACCCGCAGAGUUUACCAGACGGUCGUCUGACUGAAGAGGCUCGGAAAGGUUUAGCUGUUGCUAGACUAGCUGAGCAGAAGACUGGGGUACCAACCGUAACCUCUGCUCCCUACUCACAGGCAGAGAAUCCCAUUGUUUGCUACCCACAGAGCUUACCAGACAGUUGUCUAACUGAAGAGGCUCAGAAAGGUUCCACUGUUGCUAGACUAGCUGAACAGAAGACUGGGAUAUCAACCGUAACCUCUGCUCCCUACUCACAGGCAGAGAAUCCCAUUGUUUGCUACCCGCAGAGCCUACCAGAUGGUCGUCUAACUGAAGAGGCUUGGAAAGGUUCAGCUGUUGCUAGAUUAGCUGACCAGAAGACUGGGAUAUCAACCGUAACCUGUGCUCCCUACUCACAAACAGAGAAUCCCAUUGUUUGCUACCCGCAGAGCUUACCAGACGGUCGUCUAACUGAAGAGGCUCUGAAAGGUUUAGCUGUUGCUAGACUAGCUGAGCAGAAGACUGGGAUAUCAACCGUAACCUCUGCCCCCUACUCACAGGCAGAGAAUCCCAUUGUUUGCUACCCGCAGAGCUUACCAGACGGUCGUCUAACUGAAGAGGCUCGGAAAGGUUUAGCUGUUGCUAGACUAGCUGAGCAGAAGACUGGGAUAUCAACCGUAACCUCUGCUACCUACUCACAGGCAGAGAAUACCAUUGUUUUCUACCCGCAGAGCUUAGCAGGCAGUUGUCUAACUGAAGAGGCUCGGAAAAGUUCAGCUGCUGCUAGAUUAGCUGAGCAGAGGACUGGGAUAUCAACUGUAACCUCUGCUCCCUACUCACAGGCAGAGAAUCCCAUUGUUUUCUACCAACAGAACUUACCAGACAGUCAUCUAACUGAAGAGGCUCAGAAAGGUUCCACUGUUGCUAGGCUAGCUGAGCAGAAGACUGGGAUAUCAACUGUAACCUCUGCUUCCUACACACAGGCAGAGAAGAAGCUUAGUGUUUACUACCAACAGAAUUUAACAGACAGUUGUCUAACUGAAGAGGGUCCUAAAGGCUCAGCUGUUGCUAGACUAGCUGAGCAGAAGACUGGGAUAUCAACUGUAACCUCUGCUCCCUACUCACAGGCAGAGAAUCCCAUUGUUUUCUACCAGCAGAGCUUACCAGACAGUCAUCUAACUGAAGAGGCUCGGAAAGGUUCAGCUGCUGCUAGACUAGCUGACCAGAAGACUGGAGUAUCAACUGCAACUUCUGUUCCCUACUCACAGGCAGAGAAUCCCAUUGUUUGCUACCCACAGAGCCUACCAGACAGUCAUCUAACUGUAGAGGCUCAGAAAGGUUCAGCUGUUGCUAGACUAGCUGACCAGAAGACUGGGGUAUCAACUGUAACCUCUGCUCCCUACUCACAGGCAGGGAAGCCCAUUGUUUUCUACCCCCAGAGCUUACCAGACAGUCAUCUAACGGAAGAGGCUCAGAAAAGUUCAGCUGCUGUGAGAUUAGCUGAGCAGAAGACUGGGAUAUCAACUGUAACCUCUGCUCCCUACUCACAGGCAGAGAAUCCCAUUGUUUUCUACCCGCAGAGCUUACCAGAUGGUCAUCUAACUGAAGAGGCUUGGAAAGGUUCAGCUGUUGCUAGAUUAGCUGACCAGAAGACUGGGGUAUCAAUCGUAACCUCUGCUCCCUACUCACAGGCAGAGAAUCCCAUUGUUUGCUACCCGCAGAGCCUACCAGAUGGUCGUCUAACUGAAGAGGCUCUGAAAGGUUUAGCUGUUGCUAGACUAGCUGAGCAGAAGACUGGGAUAUCAACCGUAACCUCUGCUCCCUACUCACAGGCAGAGAAUCCCAUUGUUUGCUACCCACAGAGCUUACCAGACAGUCAUCUAACUGAAGAGGCUCAGAAAAGUUCUACUGUUGCUAGACUAGCUGAGCAGAAGACUGGGAUAUCAACCAUAACCUCUGCUCCCUACUCACAGACAGAGAAUCCCAUUGUUUGCUACCCGCAGAGCUUACCAGAUGGUCGUCUAACUGAAGAGGCUCGGAAAGGUUUAGCUGUUGCUAGACUAGCUGAGCAGAAGACUAGGGUAUCAACCGUAACCUCUGCUCCCUACUCACAGGCAGAGAAUCCCAUUGUUUGUUACCCGCAGAGCUUACCAGACGGUCACCUAACUGAAGAGGCUCAGAAAAGUUCUACUGUUGCUAGACUAGCUGAGCAGAAGACUGGGAUAUCAACUGUAACCUCUGCUUCCUACACACAGGCAGAGAAGAAGCUUAGUGUUUUCUACCAACAGAACUUACCAGACAGUCGUCUAACUGCAGAAGCUCAGAAAGGUUCCACUGUUGCUAGACUAGCUGAGCAGAAUACUGGGAUAUCAACUGUAACCUCUGCUUCCUACACACAGGCAGAGAAGAAGCUUAGUGUUUUCUACCAACAGAACUUACCAGACAGUUGUCUAACUGCAGAGGCUCUGAAAGGUUCAGCUGUUGCUAGACUAGCUGAGCAGAAGACUGGGAUAUCAACUGUAACCUCUGUUCCCUACUCACAGGGAGAGAAGAAGCUCAGUGUUUUCCACCCGCCGACCUUACCAGAUAGUUAUCUAACUGAAGAGGGUCCUAAAGGCUCAGCUGUUGCUAGACUAGCGGACCAGAAGACUGGGAUAUCAUCUGUAACCUCUGCUCCCUACUCAGAGGGAGAGAAGCUACUCAGUAUUUUCUACCUGCAGAGCUUACCAGACAGUCACCUAACUGAAGAGGGUCUGAAAGGUUCAGUUUUUCCUGGACCAGAACAGAAGACUGAGUUAACCUCAGAACUGUCUAGUUUCUACUCACCUAGAGAGAAGUCCAUUAUUGUCUCCCAGCAGACCCUGCCAAAUAGUCAUUUACCUGAAGAAGCUCUUAAAGUUUCUGUUGUUUCUGGGCCAGCUGACCAGAAGGCUGGAAAACGAACAGUGUCCUUCAGUUCCAACUUAGCCAGAGAGAAAUCUGAUAUUUUCUGCCCACAGGAGUUGCCAGACAGUCAUCCACCUAAAGAAGCUCUGAAAGUUUCUGUUCCUGGACUAGCUGACCUGAAUACUGGGACACCAACAGUAACUUCAGGUUCCUACUCAUAUAGAGAUACGUCUGGUAUUUUCUAUCAGCAGGAGUUGUCAGAUAGUCAUUCAACUAAAAAGGCUCUGAAAGUUUCAGUUGUCCCUGAACCAGCUGACCAGAAGACUGGAACACAAGCUAUAAAUACCGUUACUUCUUACUCACAGAGAGAGAAGCCCAGUAUUUUCUACCAGCAGGCCUUGCCGGACAGUCAUCUAACUGAAGAGGCUCUGAAAAUUUCAGGUGCUCCUGGACCAGCAGACCAGACAACUGGCACACCAGCUGGAACCUCUGCUUCCUUCUUGCAAUAUAGAGAGAAGCCAGGUGUUUUCUAUCAGCAGAAUUUAUUCAGUAGUCAUCUACUUGAAGAGGCUCAGAAAGUUUCACCUGCUCUUGGAUCAGCUGACCAGAAAACUGACAUACCAACUACAACCUCUACUUACUCACAAAGAGAGAAGCCCAUUAUUUUGUAUCAACAGACCUUGCCAGAUAGUCAUCUAACUCAAGAGGCUCAGAAAGUUGCUCUUGUUUCUGGACCUGCUGACCAGAAGAGUGGCACAUUAACUGCACCCUCUACUUUUUACUCACAAAUAGAGAAGCCUAUUAUUUUGUAUCAACAGACCUUGCCAGAUAGUCAUCCAACUCAAGAAGCUCAGAAAGUUGCACUUGUUUCUGGACCUGCAAAUCAGAAGAGUGGCAUAUUAACUGUCCCCUCUACUUCUUACUUACGUAGAGAGAAGCCUGGUAUUUUCCACCAAGAGGCCUUGACAGGUAGUUAUCUAACUGAGGAAGCUCAGAAAAUUUCAGCUGCCCCUGAGCCAGCUGACCAGAAGACUGGCACACCUAUAGUAUCCUCUUCGUCCUACUCACUUGGAGAGAAGCCCAUUAUUUUUUUCCAGCGAGUCUUGUCAGAUAGUCCUCUAACUGAGGAAGGUUUGGAAGUUUCAGUUGUUUCUGGACCAGCUGAUCAGAAGACUAGAAUACCAACAGUAUCUUCAGUUUCCUACCCACUUGGAGGAAAACCCAUUAUUUUCUACCAACAGGCCCUGUCAGAUGGUAAGCUAACUAAAGAAGCUCUGAAAGUUUUAGGUGUUGCUGGACCAGUUGACCAGAAGACUGGGACAUCUACAGUAACCUAUUCUCACCCACAGAGAGAGAAGUCGAUUAUUUCUUACCAACAGGAGUUGCUAGAUAGUAAUCUCACCAACAAGGCUCUGAAAGUUUCAAAUUUUCCUGAACUAACUGACCAGAAGACUGGAAUACCAACAAUAACCUCUUCUUCCUUCUCACUUAGAGAGAAGUCCAGUAAUUCUUAUGAGGACUUGUCUGAAUUUGAUGAGGAAACUUUAAUACUUUUAGGCCUUGCUUCAGCAGCUGACCGGAAAAGUCUUAUACGACUAGCAUCCUCUAGUUCCUAUUCACAUAGUGAGAAGCCCAUUAUUUCUUACCAGGAAGAGUUGCCAGAGGAAGCUUUGAAAGUUUUAGUAGUUCCUGGGACAGCUGACCAGAAGACUGGCAUACAAAUAGUGCCCUCUACUUCCUACUCACAGAGAGAGCAGCCCAUCAUAUCUUAUGAAAGUGAGUUGCCAGGUCUUACUGAAGGAUCUUUGAAAGCAGGUGGAGCUUCUAGACCUGCUGACCAGAAGACUGGAGUACCAAUAACAUCCUCUAGUUCCUACUCAAAAGGGAAGAAGCCCAGUAUUUUUCAUCAGCAGAAGUUGCCAGAUAAUACUGAAGAAGCUAUAGAUGUUUUUGUUCUUCCUGGAUCAGGUAGCCAGAAGACUGGGGCACCAACAGUACCCUUUAGUUCCUGCUCACAUAGAACAAAGCCCAGUGUUUACUCUCAACAAGAAUUUCCAGAUAGUCUUCCUACUGAUAAGCCUCUGAAAGUUUCCCCCGUUUUUGUGCCAGUAGAGCAGAAGACUGCGAGAUCAACAGGAAUUUCUAAUUCCUAUUCACAUAAAGAGACAUUCAAGGUUUCGUCUGUGGAUGUACUAGAUGACCAUAAAACUGAGCUGUCAACAGGUACCACUAGUUCCUACUCAGAUGGAGAGAAGCUCAGUAUUUCAACUUUGAUUGGAUCAGAUGACCAGAAGUCUCCAUCACUGGCAGUUUUUCCUAGUUCCUAUUCUCCACGAGUAAAGCCUGGUAUUUUACUACAACGCCAGUUGCCAGAUAGAGAUCAAAGUGAAGAUAUUGUAAAGAUUUCAGCUGUCCCGGCACCAACUGAUAUAAAUACUAAGAAAGCAGUAACUCUCUCUAGUUCUUAUUUUCACAGAGAGAAAUCUAAUAUUUUGUAUCCACAGGAAUUUCCAGACAGACAUCUAAUAGAAAAUGCACUGAAGGUUUCAACAGUUCCUGGACCAGUGGACCAGAGAACAAUAUUAUCAGUAGCUCCUCCUAGUUCCUUUUCACACAGUGAGAAAUCAGGUAUUUUUUAUCAGAAGGAUUUGCCAGAUAGACACGUAACUAAAGAUGCUCUGAAGUUCUCAAGUGGUCCUGGGCAAGCUGAUCAAAUUACUGAGUUACAAACUGUUCCCUCUGGUGAGAAGCAUAAACUUGUUUCAAAACCUGUCCAGAGGCCAGUAAAUAAAUCAAAUUCUUCUGACUCUAGUGUCAGCUUAAACAAUAUUCUUUUGUAUUCUCAGGCUGACGAUAAAGUUAUAAUAAGUAAAUCAGAAUCUUCAGGUCUUGCAGAUGUUGGCUCUGAGGAAAUCCGGGAUACAGAAAGUAGUUCUAGAACUCUUAAAGAAAUUCAGACGCUUUUAAUGGAGGCAGAGAAUAUAGCACUGAAACGGUGCAAUUUUCCUGCUCCACUUGUCCCUUUCAGAGAUGUGGGUGAUAUUUCAUUUAUACAAUCUAAGAAGGUGGUUUGCUUCAAAGAACCCUCCACAACUGAUGUAUCUAGUGAUUUGGUUCAGAGACAGCUGUUCACAGAGGAAAGCCCAAACAACAGGUCUAUGCAAAAGGAUAUCGGCACACAGACAAGUUUGAAAAGCCAGAGAGGCAUUGAAAAUUGGGAGUUUAUUAGUUCUACUACAGUUAGAAGUCCUCUACAGGAAGCAGAACACAAAGCCCAUGUGGCAUUAGAAGAAACCUUUAGGCAGUAUGAAGCAGCCAAAUGUGUAAUGAGGACUGAACCUGAAGGGUGUAGUGGAACUAUUGGGAAUAAAAUUAUCAUCCCUAUGAUGACUAUCAUAAGUGAUUCAAGUAGUGAUGUAAGUGAUGGAAAUGGUUCCUGCUCAUGGGACAGUAAUUUACCUGAGUCUUUGGAAUCAGUUUCCGAUGUUCUUCUAAAUUUUUUUCCGUAUGUUUCACCCAAGACAAGCAUAACAGAUAGCAGAGAGGAAGAGGGUAUGUCAGAGAGUGAGGAUUGUGCUGGCAGCAGUGUAGAUUCACUGGCUGCACAUGUGAAAAACCUUCUGAAAUGUGAAUCCUCAUUGAAUCAUGCUAAACAAAUACUCAGAAAUGCAGAGGAAGAAGAAUGUCGGGUACGAGCACGAGCCUGGAAUUUGAAGUUUAAUUUAGCACAGGAUUGUGGAUACUCCAUUUCAGAAUUAAAUGAAGAUGACAGGAGGAAAGUAGAAGAGAUCAAGGCAGAGUUGUUUGGUCAUGGGAGAACAACUGACUUGUCCAAGGGUUUACAGAGUCCACGGGGAAUAGGAAGCAACCCAGAAGCUGUAUGUAGUCACAUUAUUAUUGAGAGCCAUGAAAAAGGAUGUUUCAGGACUUUAACUGCUGAACAACCACAGUUGGAUGGCCACACUUGUGUUUUCAGAUCUGCUGACCCCUCAGAGAUGAUUAGAGGACGGCGGAGCCCAUCAUCGUGGAAAGAUAGGCACAUCAACCUUUCAACAUCCCUAGACCAGAACAAUCCCCGUUUCAAAGUUUGGAAUUCCUUGCAGUUACAAAGUCAUUCCCCACUGCAAGACUUUGUAUCUGAUGACUUCAAAAUUAGCAAGGGUCUUCGAAUGCCUUUCCAUGAAAAGAUGAAUCCUUGGUUGCCAGAAUUAGUAGAACCUGCUUUUGUGCCACCUAAAGAAGUGGAUUUUCAUUCUUCAUCACAAAUGCCACCCCUAGAACCCACGACACAGUUUACUACCUCCAUCACUUUUUCAUCUCACCGACAUUCUAAAUGCAUUUCAGAUUCCUCUAUUUUAAAGGUUGGUGUUACAGAAGGUAGCCAGUGUACUGGAGCAUCUGUGGGAGUAUUUAAGUCUCAUUUUACUGAAGAGCAAAAUCCUCCUAGAGAUCUAAAUCAGAAAGCUUCUUCCCCUUCAUCAUUUAAAAUGUGUAGUCAUUCGCCAGAUAAAUAUGGGACUAUUUUAGGAGAAGGUAGUAGGAAAAGCCAAAAAUUACCUGUUGAUUUUGAGCAUUCUCAUCAAGAAGAAAAACUCUUAGAAAGAUCAGAUUUUAAAGGCAGUCAUUCUGAGCCCAGUACCAGUGCAAAUGGUAGCAAUUUUAAGGAAAUUCAAUUUUCUAAUAACCAUACCCUCAUUAGCAUGAGCAGACCAAGUUCCACCUUAGAAAUAAAAGAGAAGAAUGUAACUAUAACUCCAGAUCUUUCUUCUUGCAUUUUUCUUGAACAAAAGGAACUCUCUGAACAAAACAAAGCCUCAUAUGCAGAUCACCAUGUGAGGAAACACCAUUUUUCCCCUCCUCAACAUCAGGAUCAUAUAGCUCCAAUCUUUUCUUCUUGUAUUUUUCUUGAACAACGAGAACUUUAUGAACAAAGUACAGCCCCACAUGUAGAUUAUCACAUGAGAGAAAAAUAUUCUCCCCUUCCUCAAGGUCAGGAUUAUGUAGCUUCAGACCUUCCUUCUCACAUUUUUCUUGAACAUCAAGGCAAAGCCCCAGGUAUAGAUGACCACAUGAGAGAACACAAUUUACCCCUUCCUCAAGGUCAGGAUAGUGUAGUAGAAAAGAAUAAUCAACAUAAGCCUAAAUCACAUAUUUCUAAUACGGUAAAUGUUGAAACUAAGUUCAAUAAUGUUUCCCAGUUGGCCCCGAAUCAUGGUACAUUAACAACAUCUGCAUCUACUCCACCUUCAAGUAGAAAAGCACUUUCUUGUGUUCGUAUAACUCUUUGUCCCAAGACACCUUCCAAGUUGGAUAGUGGAACUUUAGGUAAAAGAUUUCAUUCAUUGGAUGCUGCUUCUAAAACAAGGAUGGAUAGUGAGUUUAACUUUGACCUACAAACAGUAUCUUCAAGAUCACUGGAACCAACCUCCAGAUUAUUGACCAGUAAACCUAUAGCACAGGAUCAAGAAUCUUUAGGUUUUCUAGGACCUAAAUCUCCACUGGACUUCCAUGUCUUACAGUCUUCUCUUCCAGAUAGUAAUACUGUUACUCAGGACUUGAAAAUCAUACCUUCUCAGAAUAGACAGAUAGUAACCUCAAAGCAAAUACAAGUGAACAUUUCAGAUUUGGAAGGAUUUUCCAAUCCAGAGGAGACUCCGAUAUCUGCAGAUCGAUCAUCAGAGAAAUCAAAGAAGAUUAAGACCUCAUUUUCUGCCUUCCCUGAAAAAUUAUCAUCUGAUGCAGUCACUCAGAUAACAACAGAAGGCCCAGAGAAGACCAUGUUUUCGUCUGAGAUUUUUAUUAAUGCUGAAGAUGGUGGACAUGAAAUUCCAGAGCCCAGGUCCCAGAAGCGAAACAAAGCUUCUGUCAAGCUUACCCCACCAUCUUUGGUCCAACAGACUACUUUUUCUAGUGGCACAGAUGGCCAGCCUUCGUUAUUGCCAUAUAAGCCUUCCGGUAGUACAAAGAUGUACUAUGUUCCACAAUUAGGACAGAUUCCUGCAUCUCUGGAUUCCAAAUCAGACACCACCUUGGAGAGUUCACAUUCAGAUUUACUUAGAGGGCACCACAUGAUUAAGGUAGCAUUUAAUAGUGCUUUACAUCAUAAGAGGGCAGUGGCUAAGGCGUCCUUGCCAAUGGAGAAAAAACACUUGCAGAACGACAAUGCAGAUGCCCAAGUUCAAGUGUCCAUCACUGGUGAUAAGAACCUCUCAGAUAAAAAACAGAAAGAAGAAAUCUAUAGUACAAGAGCAGUGACUAAAGCUGCCCAGCCUGAAGAAAAAGAAUCCUUGCAGAAGGACACUGCAGGAUCUAGUCUCAUUCCUGCUGCAGUGCCUUCAACUCAAGUAAAAGACACAAAAAUAGAAAACCUGCCAGACACUAAAAGCACUAAACAGAAAGAAGAGACCCAUAGUAAGGUGACAGUUCCUGUGGAAGCCUGGACAGAGAAUAAGGAGUCCUUACCAUUAGAUAUUGAAGAGUCCGAAGGUCAUUCAGAAUUUGAAAAUACUACCCAUUCUGUCUUCAAGUCAGCCAACUUUUACAUUCAUCAUCCAGUGCACCUACCCACUGAUCAAGACAUUUCUCAUGAAUCUUUGGGAAAGAGUGUUUUCAUGGGGCGAUCUUUGAAAGAUUUCUUUCAGAAGCAUCCAGACAAACAUAAAGAACACUCCUGUUUUCUUCCCUCUUAUCAAAAUGUGGACAAGACUAAGACAGAUUAUACCAGAGUAAAGAGCCUCAGCAUCAAUGGGAACUUGGGAAACAAAGAAGUAAUACAUACUACUAAAAGUCAGGCUAAAGAUCAUCCACAGUAUAGCAGACAAAUUAGUGAUCCAAAAAGAGAUCAUAAGGUCACCCCAGAGCUGGGAACUCUGCCCACUAAGAGUUUAAAUGAACUCUGGAACAAGUAUCUGGAGCGACAGAAGCAACAGAAACCACCCGAGUUGAGUGACAAGAAAGAAUUAUCCUUGGUGGAGCGACUUGAUCGGUUGGCUAGACUUCUUCAGAAUCCCAUCACACAUUCUCUCCAGGCCUCAGAAAGUACACAUGAUGAUAGCAGAGGGGAACCAGGUGUUAAGGAGUGGAGUGGUAAACAGCAGAGAAACAAACUUCAGAAAAAGAAGCGGUAUAAAAGCCUAGAGAAAAGUCGUAAAAUCACAGGAGAUCUUAAAAAAAGUAAGGCUCUUUCUGCUCAUGUAGCUGGAAAAUCCAACCAGAUUAAAAUUGAACAGGUUAAAUUUGAUAAGUACAUUCUGAGAAAACAGCCAGGUUUCAAUUAUAAAAGCAACACUUCAUCAGAUUCUAGAACUUCAGAAGAGAGUGAGGUACUCACAGAUACUCCUACCAAUGUUCUUUCCAGCCCCACUUCUGCGGAAUCAGACAUCUUAACCCAAACAGAUAGAGAGAUAGCUUUGCAUGAAAGGAGUAGCUCUAUUUCUACCAUUGACACUGCCAGAUUGAUCCACGCUUUUGGCCAGGAAAGAGUAUGUUUGUCACCCAGGCAAGUUAAAUUAUAUAGCAGCGUCACCAAUCAACAGAGAAGAUUCCUUGAGAAGCGUUGCAAGCACAGCAGGAAAGCAUUGAAUAUUGGCCAUCCCCUAAUGACUUCUGAGUACUCCAGAAGGAGACGCAUCCAGGUGCCGGACCAUAUGAUUUCUUCUGACUCUGUUUCAUCUUCCCCCGGUACCUUCUUGAGCUCAAACUCUACUCUUUGCAAUAAGCGAAAUGUACAUAUGUUAAACAAGGGUGUACAAGCAGGUAACUUGGAGAUUGUGAAUGGUGCCACAAACCACACUCGAGAUGUUGGGAUGACUUUCCCAACUCCAAGUCCUAGUGAGGCUAGAUUAGAAGAGAACAGUGAUGUGACUUCUUGGCUAGAAGAAAAAAAUGAAGAGAAAGUUCCCCUUACCAAUUAUCCUGAGGACAAAAACUUAAAGAAGAACAAGCAGACUUUCUGUGAAGGGGUUUCAUGGUUUGUUCCUGUGGAAAAUGUGAAGUCUGAAUCUAAGAAGGAAAAUCUGCCCAAGAUUUAUGGCCCUAGUAUCUCCUGGUUUGAACCAGUAACCAAAACCAAACCCUGGAGGGAGCCACUGCGGGAACAGAACUGGCAGGGACAACACAUGGAUGGUGGGGGCUCACUGGCAGACCCAGUCAGAGGAGAUGGCAGAGAUGCACUGAAAUCACUUGUGAGAGCAACCCUGCAGGAAUCACUUCAGCUUCAUAGACCUGACUUCAUCUCACGCUCUGGAGAACGCAUAAAGCGCCUGAGGUUAAUAGUCCAGGAGAGGAAGCUGCAGAACAUAUUCCAGAGUGAGCGGGAGGCGCUGUUCAACACUGAAUGGCAGAGUAGCCGGAAUCCUACCCAUCUGCUACCCAAGAGAAUCUUCCUGGCUACCCAGAAGUACAGGCCUAUAGGAAAGAAGGAAAUGAUUCAGAGAUCUAAACGGAUUUAUGAGCAGCUUCCAGAAGUAAAGAAAAAGAGAGAAGAAGAGAAGAGGAGAUCAGAAUAUAAGUCAUACCGACUACGAGCCCAGCUGUAUAAAAAGAAAGUAACCAAUCAACUCUUGGGAAGAAAAGUUCCCUGGGACUGACAUAAGAUUAUUUUCUUCAGAACCUUGGAAUUAUAUUUUGUAAACCUGGAAAAGUACAAUUCUUACUUUUAUGAGUCUGGUUUAAUAAAGCUUACUCUUUG